AUGCUGUCUCACGCCGACCUCCUGGACGCCAGGCUAGGUAUGAAAGAUGCCGCCGAGCUUCUGGGCCACCGGGAGGCGGUGAAGUGUAGGCUGGGCGUGGGGGGCUCCGACCCCGGGGGCCAUCCGGGGGACCUGGCGCCCAACUCUGACCCAGUCGAGGGAGCCACUCUGCUGCCUGGGGAGGACAUCACCACAGUGGGCUCUGCCCCGGCCUCGCUGGCGGUGAGCGCCAAAGACCCGGACAAGCAGCCCGGGCCCCAGGGCGGCCCGAACCCCAGCCAAGCCGGCCAGCAGCAGGGCCAACAGAAGCAGAAGCGCCACCGGACGCGCUUCACCCCCGCACAGCUCAACGAGUUAGAGAGGAGCUUUGCCAAGACUCACUACCCCGACAUCUUCAUGCGAGAAGAGCUGGCACUGCGUAUCGGCCUGACCGAGUCCCGAGUUCAGGUAUGGUUCCAGAACCGGCGCGCCAAGUGGAAGAAGCGCAAGAAGACGACCAACGUGUUCCGCGCGCCUGGCACGCUGCUGCCCACGCCAGGCCUGCCUCAGUUCCCGUCAGCCGCCGCCGCCGCCGCCGCCGCCAUGGGCGACAGCCUGUGCUCUUUCCACGCCAACGACACCCGCUGGGCGGCGGCCGCCAUGCCGGGCGUGUCACAGCUGCCGCUGCCGCCGGCGCUGGGCAGGCAGCAAGCCAUGGCGCAGUCUCUGUCCCAGUGCAGCCUGGCGGCCGGGCCGCCGCCCAACUCUAUGGGCCUGUCCAACAGCCUGGCGGGUUCCAACGGCGCCGGGCUGCAGUCGCACCUCUACCAGCCCGCCUUCCCCGGCAUGGUGCCCGCUUCCCUCCCUGGCCCCAGCAACGUCUCCGGCUCGCCCCAGCUCUGCAGCUCCCCGGACAGCAGCGACGUGUGGCGGGGCACGAGCAUCGCCUCUCUCCGCCGCAAGGCGCUAGAGCACACAGUCUCCAUGAGCUUCACUUAA